CAGUGGACCCCGCUCUCGAGCGGCCAAGGAAGGAUCGGGAACCUUCGUGAGGCUGAGAGCUGGGAGGGAAGGAAACAGAAUCGGAUUUCGCGGAGCCGGAAGGAAAGAUGUUCACUGUGCUGACCCGUCAACCUUGCGAACAAGCAGGCCUCAAGGCCCUCUCUCGAACUCCAGCCAUCAUCGCCUUGGUGGUCUUGCUUUUGAGCGUUGUGGUUCUCGUGGCCAUCACACUCAUCCAGAUUCACCAGAAAGAGGUUCUUCUUCCCGGACUGAAGUAUGGAAUCGUGCUCGAUGCCGGCUCUUCCAGGACGACAGUCUACGUAUACCAGUGGCCAGCGGAGAAGGAGAAUAAUACUGGAGUGGUCAGCCAAACCUGCAAAUGUAACGUGAAAGGCUCUGGGAUCUCCAGCUAUGGGAAAAAUCCCCAAGAUGCCCCCAAAGCCUUCGAGGAUUGCAUGCAAAAAGUCAAGGAGCAGAUUCCAGCCCACCUCCAUAGAUCCACCCGCAUGUACCUGGGGGCCACGGCUGGGAUGCGUUUGCUGAGGUUGCAAAAUGAAACAACAGCUAAUGAAGUCCUUGCAAGCAUCCAAAACUACUUCAAGUUUCAGCCCUUUGAUUUUAGGGGUGCUCAAAUCAUUUCUGGGCAAGAGGAAGGGAUAUAUGGAUGGAUUACAGCCAACUAUUUAAUGGGAAAUUUCCUGGAGAAGGACCUGUGGCAUAUGUGGGUGCAUCCAAAUGGAGUGCAGACGACCGGUGCCCUGGAUUUGGGCGGCGCCUCCACCCAAAUAUCCUUUGCGGUGGGAGAGAAGGUGGAGCUGAACACCAGUGACAUCACGAAGGUGUCCCUCUAUGGCUACGUGUACACGCUCUACACGCGUAGUUUCCAGUGCUAUGGCCGGAACGAGGCUGAGAAGAGGUUUCUGGCAAUGCUCCUUCAGAAUUCUACCACCGGAACCAAUCUCACCAAUCCCUGCUACCCUCGGAAUUAUAUCACCAGCUUCCCUGGGGGCCACAUAUUCGACAGCCUGUGCACGGAAGAUCUGAGGCCUCGAAUUUAUAACUCUGAUGACAUCAUCACUUUUGAAGGAACUGGGGACCCAUCGCUGUGUAGGGAAAAGGUGGCUUCCCUAUUUACCUUCAAAGCUUGCCAUGACCAAGAAGUCUGCUGCUUUGAUGGGAUUUAUCAGCCAAAAGUUAAAGGGUCAUUUGUGGCUUUUGCAGGAUUCUACUACACAGCCACUGCUUUAAAUCUUUCAGGGAGCUUUUCCCUGAACAACUUCAACUCCAACACCUGGAAUUUCUGCUCACAGAAUUGGAGUCAGCUGCUUCCCCAGUUUGAGGAGGUGUACGCCCGCUCCUACUGCUUUUCAGCCCACUAUAUCUACCACUUGCUUGUAGGUGGGUACAAAUUCACCGAGGAGACCUGGCCCCAAAUACAUUUUAAAAAAGAAGUGGAAAAUAGCAGCAUAGCCUGGUCUCUUGGCUACAUGCUCAGCCUGACCAACCAGAUCCCAGCAGAAAUUCCCCUGAUCCGCCUGCCCAUGAAGCCACCUACCUUUAUAGGCACCCUCGCCUUCUUCGCGGGAAUGGCCUUGCUGUGUCUGGCGUUUCUUGUGUACCUAUGUGUGUCAUCCAGGAACCUGAGGCGCUCCCGGCAUACCCUGGACCACACAGUGGAUUCUGACUGAGCCUUGCAAAGCAGCUCCUGGGGCCCGAGGGCUGUCCAGAUCCAGUCUGGGUGGCACCAGACAAUGCAAGAGAAAUGCCCAUCUUCGGGAAACACAACUGAAGUCAAAUACCUAGGCGUGUGCCUCUCAGAUACUGAUUUAUGCCAAAGCCCUUCUUGGGGAGUCUCUCGGCUGUUCUGUGCACACUGCUCCUCCAGAGACCCCACGACCCACUUGCUGACCUCUUGGGGAACAGAGGAGAGACAGGCCAUCAAGGUGAGGCUCUUUAUUCCAAGUGUCCUAGAGGAGGAAGAAGCUGAGGAUACGACAGGUUAACAUUGAAGAGUUGACCUCAGGGCCCGGUUUGCGUUUUUCCUCCCUCUGAAAUGCCCUAUUCCCCCUGGCAAGUAUGGAAGCUGGCGGGUGCCCAUUAAGCAUUUGGCCCCAUCAGCUGUCUCAUUUAUGGCUUCCUCCCUUUGACCCUUAACUUUAAGACUUUCCUUUAGCAAUCCCAUAACCACUGAGCUCCCUCAGAUUGGUGGAAGACAGUAGUUGGGGGAGAAGACCCUUUUACCCCCAAGGAGAGUGGCCACAGUCAGGCUUCUGUCGUGCAGGCAGAACCUGAAGGACAGAGAUACACAGAAAGUUUCCCAGAAAACUGCUGGCUGUUCCCCAAACAGGAUUCUUGCUCAGGGCUCUGGUUGUUAGAUUACAGCCAGUGGUACCAUCACUGUCACCUCCCGUUCAUCUUGCUCUUGUCCUCUAUAAAACAUGUACUCCUAGCAAGGCUGUUGUGUUCUCGAUCGUUUUGCCUUUGCUAGGAUUUUGCGUAGGGCUGUCUUUCCAUUCUUAGCAUGGUGUGUACAUUCUGCCCACCGUUCUCACAGGUACAUGCUGUUGCAAGACAUCCUGUUCUACGAUAUGCUUACCAAUUACUUUCCUAGGUGGUAGGCUUCUCUGCACAGCAGUCAUUGAUCUUGACUUUGGGGAAAGAAAAGGAAGCUGCAGGGACAUUUCACUCCAAAGGGGGAUGGGAAAGAACUCCAGCAAGUCCAACGGCUACACACUAAAAAUCAACGUUAUUUCAGAUUUUGUUAGCUGAAGACAGAAUAAA